CGCCUGGAUCCCGGGAGCUCUCGUAAACUUUUACGACUUCUCUGCCAUUGUGAAAAUUCAACGGGAUUAACUUUAUAUAGCAGUUUGUGUGACUGAACGUUGUCUUUGGAAGACUUUGCUUAAAUAUUGAUUUUGGUGCAGUGAAUUCGCGCGAAAUUUUCAGUUUUAUGACGCUCUUAUUGGAUUCACAUAAUAUGUUAGGGACCUGUAAAUAUAAUCACAAAUCACCAACACAGUGCAAUUUUGUUCUACGUAUAAUGUAAAGUGUUUAAGUAGUAAUGGAACAAAAUGAUCGUAAUGAGUAUGAUUUUGUAAACAUUAAAAUAAUAGAGUGUAUAAAUGGAAGUGAAUAUUUGGACCUAUUUAUUUUUACUACAAAUACAGCUGACGUUUUAUGUAAAAGGAGAAGACACAGCAAAGGGUUCUUGGACGAAAACAGAUGAUACGACGGAAACAACAGACGAUCUGCUAGAAAAACCACUAGAUUUCCUAACUAAACCAGAUGCCUCCGCAAAAGAUUACUUUCUUCCCCCUGUAUUUAAUAACAACGAAGAAAUCGAAGAUGUAGAUGACGACGAUGACAGUCUAUACGCAGAUUAUGAUUAUGAAAAGGAAACAAAUUACAAAGACGUGCCAGAAAAGGAUAAUGUGAAAAGCAAAGAGAACCAAGAGCAUGCACCAGAUGAUAAAAUACCACUUCACACGGCUAAAGAUAACCUUCCAAUUUUCCUUUUGGAGCCGGAAAAUACUUAUGUAGUGAAAAAUAAACCAGCUAAAUUAAAAUGUAGAGCGGCGAAUGCUUUAGAAGUGUACUUCAAAUGUAACGGCGAAAAGACACAUGCCUUAAACUUCGCGUUCGUAGACCCCCAAACAGGGGUGAGGAUCAUCGAGGGCGAGUACAACGUGACCAGAGAGCAUGUGGAGGAGUACUUCGGGAGCGAGAAGUACCAGUGCUCGUGCUUCGCCUGGACUAGCCGGGGGCAUAUUAGGAGCCAGCCUGCUACUGUGGAAAUUGCUUAUAUCAAGAAGCAUUUCACCUCAGCCCCUCAAUCCCAGUUGGUCAAACAGAGCGCGCCCGUCUCGUUCCGCUGUGAGCCUCCGCCCGCGGCUCCGUUCGCGCAGCUCUACUGGCUGAAGAAUGGAGCACCGAUCACUGUUGGUGACAACGUGCAAGUGACUAAGGAUGGGGAGCUGGUCAUCAAGCAGGUUUCGCUGCUGGAUAUGGCAAACUAUACUUGCGUUGCUGAAAAUUUAGCUGGAAAACGAAUAUCUGAGCCAGCACUGUUAACAGUUUUCGUGAACGGGGGCUGGUCACCUUGGUCAUCAUGGGCAGACUGCUGGUGCAACGGCCAAACGCGCGAAGGCCGGACGGGUCGGAGACGGGUCCGGUCAUGCACGGCACCUAGACCUUUGAACGGAGGUCAGCCGUGCUUGGGAUUCAGUGUGCAGAAGACGCCGGACUGUUUGGAUUGCGAUCUAGACAUGUAUGUCGAUGGUUUAGAUGAGUUAGCAGAUCAAUCGUCUGAUGUAGUAAUAGGUCGCUGGUCCCAAUGGUCAGAAUGGUCGCGCUGUGACACCGACUGUCUUCAGACCAGAAGACGCCGUUGUCUGACCAGUGCGGCCUGCCUUGGGAAAGACUAUCAGAUGGCUCAAUGUCCUAUGUGUGUGAGGACAUCCAAGACUGAUAAGGGAAACGAUGUGUCAUCGUAUUGGGCGCUUCUGGUAGCAUUGUCAAUUGCAUUUUUGAUUUUAAUAGUUGUUGUAUUAUUGGGAAUAAAGUAUAUGAAGAUAAAGCUAUCAGAAAACUCACCUUAUGUGAAGCCUCCACCAGGUUCAAACUACUUUGGCAGCGUAAUAAAAAGGACCCUGACUAACCAGCCAGACCUAACAAUACACGAAGAAUUCCAGACAAUGGACUCUAGGAGGACACACAGACCUAUGAGCACAUCCAUCAACUCGAGGCCAGAUCACUUGUAUGAAGUCCCGCAGUUAGCCAAUAGUUACAUGUCUCCCAUAGACCAUGAGGUAAGACCGGACAUCGGACGUGCCGAAGUGGAGUCAGACCGUUCUGAUUCCAGCUGCUUUUUGAGCUCGGGCUCGUCAUAUGGCAACGAAAGUGUAGAAAUGUCGCCGUCGCUAAAGAACAACGCUUCACUAGAUUCUAAAAUGAACACCCACUUCGAGACUACCACGUCGAAGAUCGUCACUGGUGAUGGCGACUGGCUAAUCAUGGACAAGUGUGGGGUUAGCCUCUUCGUGCCUGACGGGGUGGUGGAGAAAGAAGAACUAUUCAUGGUCGAGGUGACGGACGAGGAAUGGAAUAGGCCUUUGCUUCAAGAAGGGGAAACUCAGUUGAGCCCAGUCAUCCGCUGCGGGCCGAAAAACUUUCACUUCCGCAAAGGGGUGAUACUUUCCUUCCCCCACAACGCAUCACUCAAAAACGCCAGCUGGGUGCUUUCCAUACUUCAGAAACCAGAAGAAAUCAACACACGAGAAUGGCGAAAAGUUGUAACGCUGGGUCAAGAAACUCCCGGAAGCCCCAUCUUCGCCCAAGUCGAUCCCAAUAAAGUUUACCUCGUGUGCGAAUUUCUAAGCGACUUUGUUUUAGUUGGCCGGAGCUUCACCAGCCUGGACGCGAAACUGCUGAAACUAGCCUUGUUUGUUUCGAAAAAAAUAGACGAAAGUUACUAUAGUUUAAAAGUUCAUGUGAUAAAUGAUACCCCUUAUGCCUUGCAUGACUGUGUUGAAAAUGAAAAGCGAAUGGGUAGUUCUUUGCUAACUGAACCGAAAACAAUUUAUUUUCAAGAAAGUUGUUCUGAUUUAUGUAUCAACCUUAGAGAUUUAGGUGUGGGCUGGAAAAUAAUUUCGGGAAACAAAUAUCAGGAGUUGGCCUACGCCCAUGUCUGGAAUCUUGGGGUUAGAUCUUUACAGUGUAAUUUUAUCUUACAACAAACAGACGCUAUCAGUUGUUUCGAGUUAAACUUGUUCGUUUACCAAAAACAAAAGCAAUCGAAUUCGGUUAACUUUACUUUGAAAACAAACGAUUUCAACUCGAACUUGACUUGCAACAAGCGUUUUAGUUCAUCCAGCGUCGAUUACAACAUGCAUAUUGUAGAGAAUCCGUUUAAUUAUUCCUCUUUAUCUAAGAAAGAAGGCAGAUACGAUUUCGUGUACAGAGGUAAUCAUUAUAGAAGUAAUUUAAGCGUGGACAAUAACUACCGUAUGAACAUUCUUACUAAGUCGGACCGAAUUAUUUUGUGUAAAUUACUAGACUCUCAAACUCCGAAAGGUAAUGAUUGGAGGCUUUUAGCAGAAAAGUUGAGGAUAGUUUCGUACUACUAUUAUUUUUCGAAUACAUGUUCUCCGACGGAGAACAUUUUGAAUCUAUGGAUGUGUAGGAACAAUAACGCUAACAUGUUAGUGAAUCUGUCGAAGGUGUUUAGAGAAAUGGGCAGGAUUGACUGUGCCACUGUUGUUGAAAGACGUUGUUUCCCCAAUUAACACGUUCACUGUUCCGCUCUGAAACCUAAGAGCCGUGGCUCAAAUGUAUGUGGCAUUGGACAGUGAAAGCGUUAAUUGCAACUUCGACACAAUUAUUUAGAUGUAGACAUAGAAAUAGUUCAGAAAACACCUUAGGCUACUUUUAUACGAAAAAGUUGGAAUGCAGAAAAGAAAAUAUAUAUUAAGUACUAUAAUAUUAGAGGCUACCUAAUUACUUCUUUAAUAUUUUAAUUUAGCAAUAAAGAUGUCAUUAAAUAUUGAAUAUUAUGAUGUUGAUGGUAACUAACUAAGGUAUAUUUAUUUACUUAAUGUAGAUUCAUACAUUACCUAGUUUGGACUUCUGUACAUAUUAUAAUGGUUGAAUCAGAAUAAUUUCCCAAAGUCUUAUUUUAGUACAGAAUAUUAAAUAUUAAUUGUGCUUGCACCUUACACAUAUUUAAUCGCCACAUUAUAGUACAAUAUACUUCAAUAUAGUGAACCAAAAGUCAUUUCUUGAUUUUUUUGAAACGGGACUUACGACACGGGUGAUGUUUACCAAAAACUUUCUUAGGAAUCUUCCCAUGACCAUACGUAAUAUAUUGUAGUGUAUUUUGGGCAAACUUCCUGCGGCUAGCAAUCGCAAAAAUUUGCCUCAAGUACAGUGCGCUGCAAAGUUGCAUGGAGAAAUUAUAAAUAAAUUCAUUCAUAAAUUCGCCAUGCACUGUUGCAACAUUUGCAACUCACUGUACAUUUACUAUGUACUUACGGUCAAUUCAAUUCGACGCGUCGCCAAUGGACGCAGUUUUUAUAGUAACUGUUAGGUUUUUGUCGUUCACGAACUAUGAACUGUUAGGAAUAAAAUCCCAUCAAUGACUGAAAUGAACUGAAUCUUUCCGUGCUCUGUGAAUCGGUCUUUCUUUGCUCAUUUAGUUCAGUAU